UAUCUCAUACAAACAGUACAUUCGCGGCGUUACGACUCGUUCCUUCGCGUAUGUGUUUCCGCUCUCCGGGAAAUUCGCUGUCAAUCCUCAAGCAAUCGUUCGAUGAAAUUCAGCAAGAUGAAUAUCACGUCAGCAGCUGGAAUAAUUUCCUUGUUGGAGGAGCCGAUGCCAGAGUUGAAAGUGUUUGCUUUGAAGAAACUGGACAUGAUAGUCGACGAAUUCUGGCCUGAGAUUUCCGAGGCUAUCGAGAAGAUUGAGAUCCUGCACGAGGACAAAGUGUUUCAACAACAUGAAUUGGCUGCUCUAGUAGCUAGCAAGGUGUAUUAUCAUUUGGGUAGCUUCGAGGAUUCACUGACUUAUGCUUUGGGAGCAGGAGAGUUAUUUGAUGUCAAUGCUAGAAACGAAUAUGUUGACACUACUAUUGCUAAGUGUAUCGAUUAUUACACCCAGCAGCGUGUCUUGGAGGCAGAAGGAAAGCUUCCUCCAGGAAGCAAGGGUAUUGAUCCCAGAUUGGAGGGAAUAGUGAAUCGAAUGUUCCAACGUUGUCUGGAUGACAAUCAGUAUCGUCAGGCCCUGGGCCUUGCUCUGGAGACCCGCAGGAUGGACAUAUUUGAAGCAGCCAUCAUGCAGUCUGACGACGUGAGCGGAAUGUUAGCCUACGCUUCCUACGUAGCCAUGAAUCUGAUUCAGAACCGUGGAUUCCGCAAUACUGUGCUCCGCUGCUUGGUCAAUCUCUACCGGAACCUCGGCACCCCCGACUACGUCAACAUGUGCCAGUGCCUCAUCUUUCUGGACGAUCCGCUGGCCGUGGCCGAACUCUUGGAUCGACUGAGCAAGGGUUUGCAGGACUGCGUGCUGAUGGCUUAUCAGAUCGCCUUCGACCUGUACGAAUCUGCGACCCAGCAGUUUCUCGGUCGUGUCCUGCAAGCUUUGCGAGCGACCGCGCCUAUUCCGGGCGCGCUGCUGGUUAAACCAGUGGUUAAACCAGCCGCGGCCACCACCACUGCCGCCAAGACUGCUGAAGACGGCGCGGAGACCACGAAUAUGGAGACCGAUGAAGCCCCUGCGGCUCCCAAUGGGGAAGAGAAGGCCCAACGCAGCGUCGAGAGUUUGAAUGCGGAGGAGAGAGAACAGCAGGAGCGCGUGGACGCUCUAUCUAGCAUUUUGGGCGGCGAGGUAUCCAUUGAUCUGCAUCUGCAGUUCUUGAUUCGCAGCAAUCAUACUGAUAUGCUCAUCCUGAAGAAUACCAAGGACGCGAUACGAGUUUCGAUUUGCCAUACUGCCACCGUAAUCGCGAAUGCCUUUAUGCAUUCCGGGACGACCAGCGAUCAAUUUUUGAGGGAUAAUCUAGAGUGGCUAGCGCGAGCCACUAAUUGGGCGAAAUUGACCGCGACAGCUUCUCUGGGAGUAAUUCACCGGGGACACGAGCAAGAAGCUUUAGCUCUCAUGCAAUCUUACUUGCCGAGAGAUUCCGGUGCUGCCGGUGCUGGAUACUCCGAAGGCGGCGGUUUGUACGCUUUGGGACUUAUACACGCUAAUCAUGGGGCAGCAAUCACCGACUAUCUUCUGGGUCAAUUAAAGGAUGCCCAGAAUGAAAUGGUUCGUCACGGUGGCUGCCUAGGCCUUGGAUUAGCCGCGAUGGGUUCGCAUAGACAGGACGUUUACGAGCAACUGAAAUUCAAUUUGUAUCAAGAUGACGCUGUGACCGGCGAAGCAGCCGGGAUUGCAAUGGGCAUGGUCAUGUUGGGAUCCAAAUCUACGCAGGCUAUCGAAGACAUGGUCGCGUACGCCCAAGAGACGCAGCACGAGAAGAUCCUACGUGGCCUGGCGGUCGGCAUCGCCUUCACGAUGUACGGUCGCCUCGAGGAGGCCGAUCCCCUGGUGACAUCCUUAUGCGCCGACAAGGACCCGAUCCUGCGCAGGAGUGGGAUGUACACCCUGGCGAUGGCGUACUGCGGCACCGGAAACAACCAGGCCAUCCGGAAGCUCCUGCACGUUGCUGUCUCAGAUGUUAACGAUGACGUUCGACGAGCCGCGGUUACCGGUCUGGGCUUCCUACUAUUCCGGACUCCGGAGCAGUGUCCCAGCGUGGUGUCCCUUUUAGCGGAGAGCUAUAAUCCGCACGUGAGAUACGGGGCGGCGAUGGCUUUGGGGAUCGCCUGUGCGGGCACCGGUCUGAAGGAGGCCAUCGCUCUGCUGGACCCGAUGACCAACGAUCCGGUGAACUUUGUCAGGCAGGGAGCGCUGAUCGCCUCCGCCAUGAUCCUGAUCCAACAGACGGAGGCGACGUGCCCACGCGUCAAGGAUUUCAGAGCUUUGUACGCUAAGGUCAUUGUGGACAAACACGAGGACGUGAUGGCUAAGUUCGGGGCGAUUUUGGCGCAAGGAAUCAUCGAUGCCGGCGGUCGAAACGUGACCGUGUCCCUGCAGUCGCGAACAGGACACACGAAUAUGCUGGCGGUGGUGGGCGCUCUGGUGUUUACCCAGUACUGGUACUGGUUCCCCCUGGCUCAUUGCCUGGCCCUGGCGUUUACGCCCACGUGUCUGAUCGCCCUGAACGCUCAGCUGAAGAUGCCCAAGCUGAAGAUCAGGUCGGACGCCAGGCCGAGCAUGUACGCCUAUCCGCCUCUUGAGGAGAAGAAGAGGGAGGAGCGAGAGAAGGUCACCACUGCUGUCCUUAGCAUCGCGGCUCGCGCCAGGAGACGCGAGUCCGAGAGGAAGGCAAGGGAUUCGCACGAGAAGAUGGAGGUGGAUCCGCCUUCGGAGACGAAGGAGCUUCACGAGGUGAAAGAAGCCGCCGCGUCGUCCUCGAAGGAAAAGGAUGAGAAGAAGAGGGACGAGAAGGAGCCUAAGGAGUCCAAGGAGAAGCCCGAGAAGAAAGGAAGUAAGGACGAUGAAAAGGAGAAGAAGGAGCCCGAGACGAAUUUCGAUUUAGUUGAGGUCCUCCAGAAUCCCGCGCGAGUCCUGCGUCAGCAGCUUAAGGUCAUCCAGUUGUUCGAGAAUAGCCAUUAUGUUCCCGUCAAGGAUAUUCAGAUCGGCGGCAUUGUUAUGGUUAAGCAUAUACAGACCGACACCGAGGAGGAGCUCGUUAAGCCCGUCGCCGCUUUCGGGCCAAAACCAGAGGAGGAGAAGGAGGCCGAGCCACCCGAACCCUUCGAAUACAACGAGGAUUAAGGGCCGGAAACACGCAUUACCCCUUUCUAUCAUCCCGACGUCCGUCAUACGUCAUCGCGAUAAAAUCGCGGCACGCUUGUCGUCACGUUUCAUUAAUAUAUUCUGUCUUUUUUUAUACCGUUGCGAUUUUCCCUUUCUCUUUCUUGUGCGUGUCUGUCUCUGGUUAGCUAAAUACUCUGCGUGCUCCAAUAAAAUCGUUGCGUCAGAUCUACUCGUGUUAUCAGUGUUGUUCACCUGCAACCCUUUAAUUAGGUCUCCAAGCAACAAUUAUCGACUCUAGGAAUUAAUUGGUCGUUCGCGAACUUAGUUGUUUAUAUAGAUCUUUUUUUUCUACCUAUUGUUUUGUACGAUAGAGGAAAUUUAAUGAGAAGAAAAAAUGAAAGAUUUCAGGAUGUAAAAUAUAAUUUUUACACUGUGCGCAACGAUUGUAAAUAAAUUAUCAUAUAUGUGUGUAUCCUCGAUUUUGUCAGGAGUUUUGUUAUUUUCUACAAAUUAAUAAAUUAGAUAAAUAAAUUUA